AUGUUCCUGCUGGUGAUGCCCCUCGUGCCUGCCGGUGGAGCCCGCCACGCCAUUCCCGAAACGGCUAGCCCCACACACGUUCGAAAUUGUGUCUCGCUAAGCUGUUGUCGAUUUCGCUCUCGCACGACGAAACCGCGACAUCUCCCACCCUCGAUACUAACAACAGCGUCACCAGUCCCCAGCCAAAAUGAGUACGCCACACGCCCACCCUCACCCUCACCCGCAACCACGAGCUUCGAGACUGACUGCGAUAUAGCGAAGGGUACCUCCAGUUUCGGAAAGCGCCACAACAAGACGCACACGCUCUGCAGGCGUUGCGGUCAACGAUCCCUCCACAUCCAGAAGCACACCUGCGCCUCAUGCGGCUACCCUGCUGCUAAGACCCGCAAGUUCAACUGGGGCGAGAAGGCCAAGCGCAGGAAGACCACCGGUACCGGCCGCAUGCGAUACCUCAAGACCGUCAACCGCAAGUUCAGCAACGGAUUCCAAACUGGCACACCCAAGGGUGCCAAGGGCCCCACCGUCAAGUCCUCGUAA